AUGAGCACCGGACACUACCACAGAAGAUGGUCAGCGAACACUGCAGGUCGAACAACACCAACUUCACAAACCCUCGCGAGUACGAUUGAGCCGAGCACAUACGGGACGAGCUGGAACUCAGUACGCUGGAACAAGCCUUCAACUACGGGUUAUCGAAGCCACUCGGCAGCAAUCGCAUCUCGAUUUGAGCCUAAACCUUACUAUUCCGCGACGCAGGGAACACGUACAAAUGCUUCGCGAUUCUCUAACGGGACCAAUGAAGCCGCAAAAGCGGCAGCUCAAGUGGCCAGUCUCGGUCCCUCAGUGAGUGCGCGAGCUUCGCGUUUCGAUACCUCCAUGCGCGAUGGCGGGAACAAGUACCGUAAUGAAGCACGCGAAAUUCUCAACAAGUGGACGAGUCGAGAACGGAACGGCGCCGACACCAGUUUCAAACCGAAGCCCAUGGAGAAUAUGGCUGCUAAUGGAUAUCUGAACAGAACUAAUGAAUAUUCGUUUAUAUUAUUAUUAUUAUUAUUAUUAUUAUUAUUAUUAUUAUUAUUAUUAUUAUUAUUAUUAUUAUUAUUAUUAUUAUUAUUAUUAUUAUUAUUAUUAUUAUUAUUAUUAUUAUUAUUAUUAUUAUUAUUAUUAUUAUUAUUAUUAUUAUUAUUAUUAUUAUUAUUAUUAUUAUUAUUAUUAUUAUUAUUAUUAUUAUUAUUAUUAUUAUUAUUAUUAUUAUUAUUAUUAUUAUUAUUAUUAUUAUUAUUAUUAUUAUUAUUAUUAUUAUUAUUAUUAUUAUUAUUAUUAUUAUUAUUAUUAUUAUUAUUAUUAUUAUUAUUAUUAUUAUUAUUAUUAUUAUUAUUAUUAUUAUUAUUAUUAUUAUUAUUAUUAUUAUUAUUAUUAUUAUUAUUAUUAUUAUUAUUAUUAUUAUUAUUAUUAUUAUUAUUAUUAUUAUUAUUAUUAUUAUUAUUAUUAUUAUUAUUAUUAUUAUUAUUAUUAUUAUUAUUAUUAUUAUUAUUAUUAUUAUUAUUAUUAUUAUUAUUAUUAUUAUUAUUAUUAUUAUUAUUAUUAUUAUUAUUAUUAUUAUUAUUAUUUAUUAUUAUUAUUAUUAUUAUUAUUAUUAUUAUUACUAUUAUUACUAUUAUUAUUACUAUUAUUAUUAUUACUAUUAUUAUUAUUAUUACUAUUAUUAUUAUUAUUAUUAUUAUUAUUAUUUCAGCGUAUCGCAAGGCGCCAUCGGUUACUCCGACAAGGACGACAACAUCAUCAGUCUCUCGGUAUUCUACUGACAGAAAUAGUUUUCUGUCCCCAUCACCCACACCUCAGCCACACACUCCUCGGGCAGAGCGGCCAUGGCGCCAACGACUCGCCGAAUCAUCACGAAUUCGUGCGUCGCUCGGCGACGACUACCGAUCUCGUCUCGGCUCCACGGACAGUGCUGCAAGUGGAUCAAGGGCUCGAACUUCGUACACGCCCUCGUUUGCAACAUCGUAUGUCAGAUCUCAGGUGGACUCGCAACCGACGCAGAUAAUGUCCAGGAGCUACUCGCCUAUUCGCCCACGCGAUGAAAUAUACAAAUCUCUUACUUCAACUGAGAAAUCUCCGUUAUUGAAGGCAAGAACGCCUGAUGUAAUGAGCACUAGUCAAGAAUCGUUACGGGACGAGAAGAAGUCACAUGUAGGCGUGUCAUCGGUGCCCAAGAAUCCGUCAAUUCGCGAGAGUAGUUUGGAAAGAGAAGCGGAAAGACCGAAGAAGAAAUCCAGUAAGGAACGAACUGCCCGUCGAAAUUCUCGGCAACGAGGUUACAAUCAAAGCUCAUCGAGCGAUGACGAAAAUGAUCGAUCUCUUACUAGAACAGAUACAAAGCGACGAAGACGACGAAAAAAGGAGAUGUCAACAGAGCGAGGACCUCUUUCUCCUGGUAGUUCAGCGGCUAAUGGAAUGCCGAAAUCCACAGAUCUUUCUCGAACAGUGAAGGAGGACGAGCAGAAGAAGAGUAUUCGGACUCGACCCAGUACCAAUUCUGCUGGUUCCGCAGCAUCCGCUUGUCCAUCAGUAGCGGCAAUACCUCAAGGUCAACACGGUGAAAAGUGUAGAACGUCGCCACAUUCGUCAAAAACCGUCUCGACCGCUGUCACUAAAGGAUCAGUACCGACAAAUGAUGCUAAAGGCGUCAUCGUGGUCGAAGUUACCGGUCCUCUGAAAAACGAUGCUAGGAGCAGAUUACCGGAGAGGACGCCAUCCACCACCGAAGCGUCGUCUACGGUCACCCGCACACAAAAGUCUAACGAUAGCUGCACAUUAGACGAUUUCGUAGAAAUAGACAGUUAUGAGUCUGCCACUGAUGCAUCGAGCAUUCUAGAAGACGAAAGUCAAUAUAGUGCUGUGGUUCACUUCAAGCCAAAUAAGCCUAAAAAACGGGUUGCACCGGUGCCUGGUCUAUGGACAGUUGCUGGUGCUGAUGAAUUUAUUAGCAAAAACAAAAAGUUUGCUAGGGAUCAAGAGAAAGAAAGUGCCACGUACGUGUGGGCUCUCCGUAAUCGUGCGACUGUAACGAAGCGAACAAAAGCUACGCCAAGAAAAGCCACCAUUCGAGUACCUGCAGCCGGCAAAACAGUUGAAGACAAGAAGAAUGAAAUGAAGAAGGAGAGUAAAAAAGAGAUGAAAGAGAACAUUCCUGCUGACGGGAAGGAUCAGAAGAACGGUGGCACAUCGAUGAUCACAAAAUUGUUCACCGCGAGGACGAGGCCAGCGCCCGAACCUGCGAAGGAGAAGAGCGAUGAGGUGAAACCAGAAGCGAAAAAUGUAUUGGGAGAUAAGAAAAAGGAGGCUGAGAAGAAGGAGAUCGCCGCAUCCCCGAAGGAUGCGAAGAAAGUGGAACCGCAAAAGAAAGCGCAAACAAAGACUGAACCACAAAAGGGAAAGAAGUCAAGCGUUACGGGACCCACAAAGAAAAACGAAGAAACUACUAAAGCGGAGAAGGUGGUACCAAUGAAGACCGUUGCGGCCAAGGAGCAGCAAACACAGAUGGCUGCCGUUAUUAAGUCAAAAUCGUCACGUGCUGAAGGGAUUUCGGCUGUUCUUAUGGCACCGAUGUGGUUGUCAUUGAAAAACACAAAGAGGAUUCGUGAGAAGAAACCCGUUGUGACGCAAUCCGUUAAUCACUCAUUCUCAAAGACGCCGACAGCGCUUGCCGCAAAGAAAACGCUGCCACAGAAAAAGAAGUCGUCCUCAUCUGUGUCCUUAUCAUGCAAGGCCAGCGUGGUCGUCAACAAAACCUGUGAACAGAAAUUCACCAAAAAAUCCGUCCAAAGUGGAGCACAGGUGAUUGUUGACAAACCAAUCCCCGACGUCAACAUUAGCCAUAUUCACAUGCGAAUCAAACGACCUAAACGUCUCGUGCCCAUACCGGAGCAGCAGCCGGUCGUGGAAGUCAAGGAGCCCAGCGUCAGCAAAGAAGUGGUUCGGCUGCGAUCUGCGGACAGCGAGGUAAAGAUGUCGCCGUUAUCGCAGACUCGUGCUUCUGAAGUCCUGGAUGAUAUGAGGAAUUCUGAACCGGCGCAUGUUGUAAGGCGAUCCAGCAGAGAGGAAGAUUACAACAGUUCGGGUUGCCUGAUACUGCCGGAUCAAUCCCUACUAGAGGAGUACGUCAAGAGGAAACGUGGACGCCUCGAACGCCUUCGAUCCGAGCCGAUACGGGAGAGGGAUGAGCCGCACUGCGACUCACCAGCCAACUCUACAGUCAGCGAGUUGCUACCAGCUUGUGCAGUACGUGUGUUCGAACGCAGUCCGCACGGGAUCCCGGUGAUCACAGGACCAUCGAGGAGUGUUUCUAGACUCAGCAGUGUGAGUGUAAGCAGCGUCAAUUCGAACACGCCCACUCGCAUGUUGGAGACACUAUCUUCGUAUAACAACUUCAAUUCGACACCGCAAGGUUUCCUACGCGAGCACAACAAUCGGAUCCAGAUCGCGAAACCAAUUCAAUUCGAUCCACCAAAAACACCGUUCGAGGAACGCCUUCAGCAGCAAGCGAAUGCGAUUCGUAGAGCUUCUGCCGCCUCAUCGACUAAUGCGCAAGAUCUGGAUCGUCUGUCAUCGCCACGUCGCAUUUCUCAUCCCGCAGAUGGUAUGACGUCAUUGUCAACAUCGUACACGGCUGCAAUUGCGGCCAACUCAAAUUCCGGACGUCAUGAACGCUACGCGGCUCACAUCCCGGUGAACAAGAGCGACAGCAGCGGUCGACAAAGCACCGUUAGCCAGGACAGUCAGCAUAGUGGCGCCUUGGACAGUGCGACAAAACAGAUGGAUCAGGUCAUCGACCAGGCCCGACAAAAACACAAUCAACAUCGCAACAAGUUCAAGGAAGCCAUCGACUAUCUCGAUCAAAUAUUCGAAGAUUUGAAGAAAGAGGUCGAUACGGGCGUCGAGGAUAAGAGCAAAGAUCGCAGCAUCACAACCGUUGCUCCACAACACUCGACGGUAAUUUCGCCGCCGGACAACAUUCGGCGCCCUACGGUUAUCCAUCCGAACACAUCCAAACCGUCGACAAGCGCACCGAACCGUAAUCUUCGACAAGUGAAGCCCGCCCAGCCUCCUUCCCCGGUUGAGAUCGUCUUACCACCUCCUUCUGCACCAACUGAUCGCGAUUCCGCAGAAUUUGACGUCACUGAGACCAUCGUUCUUCCCAAAAAAACUGACAAACUGGAUUUUACAAGAAGAUGGUUACAAGACGACUUGAUGUCACUGGCUCACCAGCCACCGGCACCUAUCAUGAUUCUGCCAGAACCGUGUUCAUAUUACAACGACGCCGAUGAGCACUCAUUGGGCAGCUGUUCGGCCGAAGUUGCGGCUAUUAACCUAGCCGGAAAGAAGGAAAAGCCGAAGAGGAGCAACGGCACUACAAAGAAUAACUCAUUGGAAAAACCAGCACCUAUAAGGCCACAACCUUGCCGCCCUCAACCGGUCUACGCAGCACAAGGAAAAACUGGCGGGCCACGACAUUUCCCUGUCGAACUGGAGGUGCCCAACAUACCACGAGUCUCCUCGUUCGAUCAUGUGCCCGAUCGAAAGGAGCAUGCUAACACCAACACGUGGCGAUCAGGAUCACAGGAGCCUUUCCAAGCCCACGGUAGCGUGAAAUCGGAAGAUGCACUCCGGCCAUCACCGUCUGCGUUUCAAAGCGUGUCAAGUUUCUCGAAUCGCGCCAACAUGAGGGGAUCCUUAAGAUCACUGCCUGAUGCUGGUCUCAUAAUUCGUGGCAAAUAUCAUCAAGUAACUCCUCCUAAGGAUCCUACCUUAGCUAUUGAUCAGUUAUGUGCUGAGCUCGAACUCAACACUGAUCAGCCGAUGACAGCACAGGACAAACGACGCUCCUUUCCCACUUCAUUCGUUCAUGAAAAGUCGUUUGCAUCUGGCAGCACUGCGUAUGAACAACCAAUACGAAGAUUAAACGAGAAAACGCAACCAUACCAACAGCCGAAACCUUUAUAUCAUACGGCUGUCAGUACACAACAACCUGUGCAUCAGACACAUUCGACGGUGAUCGGAAACAAUCGUUUGUUACAAGCACAACAUCAACCACCACAACAAGCGGUGCAACAUCCUCCGUCGCAGCAACGCACCACGGCGCAACCGCCGCCCGCCUACACUACGCAUCCGGUGGUUAGAAAGGCACCGCAAAGACAGCAGAAGUCACUGGAUGAAGUCACGAAUAUGUUGAAUAAUGUGGUGAACGAAUUCCACACGACACAGCAGCAACGGAAAAAGCCGGCGCCACAACAUAGUCAUGCUCUCUACGCCACGCCUCACUCGACAAAUCAAUCGAAUCCAUUCGAGACCAUCAAUCAAGAGAAGAUCAGUCCUAGUCGUGUUGAAGCUAUGCACAAUAUGUUCGAAAGGAACGCAGUGCCGGCACAAUCUAGGUGGAACCAUCAAGCGCCAGCUCCAUUCGUAGCUAGACAUAGAGAAGACGACGCCUAUCACGAGAUCAACGAGUUCGCCACCCGCCCAAUCAAGCGAGCCACCCCUCCGCGACAAACACACACUAACGCUGUUCGCUAUUCACCGCAAAGUUUCGCCACCGAAUACACACCGCCGUACCCUUCAACUCAGCCGCCGUCUCACCCACCCGGAAGAAAUGGAUCCGCAACUUCUUCACAGAACGGCGGUUACUAUUCUUCAAACAGCUCCGGAGUGGGAGCCCCAGCAUAUCAACAAAAUCAUAUGACGACCCGACGUAGUUCAAUCGUCGGUCACCAAUCUAUUUCUUCACGUGCACCUUCAAUAGCUGAUGACGAUGACGAUGACGGAUUCUAUGACAACAUUGGAACAUUUGAUGAUCGUCGAUUCUCGCGAAGCAGCGAGAUGGAUGUCGCCUCGCUGUCGUCACAUCAGCUGCCUCCGCAUGCCGGUUGGAAGCCCACCAAAAUUGGUUCUUUCUUGAGGAAAAUCGGAGGUAGCAGCAACCGACCACCAGGUAGUGCUGCCAGCCUUGUAUCGCUAAAUAAGGUUGCUAACGAGACGCCGAUCAAAUCGGGGAGCCUUAUGAAAAGCAACAGCUUAAGCACUGAACCAUGGAAAAAGAUGGUGAUCGAUGGUCCAAGGGCACCAACCAGAGAAUCCACACCCAGCAAAGGAGGCUUCGGAACUCGCAUCAAAAACUCGAUAUUCGGAUCGAAGAAACGGUUGAACGGCUAG